AUGAAGAAAAUGGAUGGAGAAAGGAGGAGUUUGAUGGGAUGUGGAUGCGCAUCAAAGACUUCCAGCCAUUUUCAGGAUUUGGAUAAAGUGUGUGCAGCUAUGCGCACUUCUGCACAGUGCUGCGUCUGCAGAAAAGGUCCAUUUCUGCUACAAAACUUGUACAAACACAUGCGAAAAGUUCACAAAUGCUCAGAUGAAGAGGUAGAUACCGUUAAGAACGCAGUGAAGAGGGCCAUCUACGAAAAAGAGAUGAAAUGUGAGGAUUGUGAGAAAAUAUUCUUCUCCUAUGGUGGACUCAGAAAGCAUAAGAAGGAUGUUCACGAAAAACCCGCCAUGACAAUAUCAGCGGCGAGCAAACCAGACUCGAAGAGUGAUCCUUCUAUCGAAUCCUCGAGAGAUUCUUCCAUUGUCAAAAGAAAAGAGAUCACAAGCUCGGAUAAUCACAAGGAAAUUCUCCAGAGAACUGAAGAAGUGAAAGCGGAACUCUCCGAGGUCAUUCGGGAAUUGUUCAAAGCGGAUAGAAUGGACAUCUUGAAUCGACUCAACAUAGCAGUUUUGAGUGCAUUGGAGAAUGCUGUAAACGAGAUGUUUGAAAAUCUCGCAGAUGAAAUGUUGGAAAAUGACGAAGAAGAAGUGAUGAGACGUACUCCUAGAAAGAUCACCAUGCAAACGACUGGAGCAGGCCCGAAACCCCCUCGUACUCAGGUCCAGUGCAAUGCCCAAUUUCCAAAGAUCGACAAUAUAAACAGAGAGGAAAAGGAAGAAAAAGAAAUUUAUCGAUGUCGAUAG